ACCGGUCACAGAGCUUCUAGCUAAUGUUAGCUUGUUAAAGUUAGCUAGCUAGCUUUUUAAGGUGAACUUGAUUUUAGUGUCUUUUUUUAAUUUUUUUUAUUUAUUUUUUUAAAUCAAAAUGUCUGAAGUUGAGUAUCCACGUGAGAGCGUCUACAAUCUCAUCCCAAGGGACGAGGUCCAGACUGAAAAACAGCAAAGGUAUAUGUCCAAGUAUAGGCCGACAGUGGUUCUGGAGGAAAAGUCAACCAAGGAUGCGAUGAGGACGAUGGGACCAGCUAAAGUAGAGGUGCCAUCCCCAGAGAAGUUCCUCAAGAAGCAUUCAAAAGAGCCCAAAUUACCCGAAAAGACACAGUGUUCGAAAGAUGUUCGUCACUCCUGCACUGUGAAGAAACCAGCCGUUCCUGCGAUGACGGACACUCCACCCAUGGGCAUUCACACCAAGAGAGACUUCAUAAAGACAGCGACCGCCGUGCCGAUGAAGCCCCAGCCCACCUGUGUGGACACCAGGAAGGGACACAAGCAGCUCCUUGAGAAUUCAGGACUUGUCCCCAAAUACAUCAAGAAGAAGCAUUACGGAGAAGUACCUGAGUACCUGCAGCAACGCAACGAAGUAGAGCGGCGAGUUCAGGAGGAGUAUGACAACUAUGUGAAAGAACAGAGGGCGAAGGGAGCCAUGAAACACCUGUCUGACGAGGAGCAACAAGCCGCCCUGAAGGAUCUGAAGAAGGCCUGGGAGAAGCUGCACCACGAGUACCAGGGCCUCUCAUUCGUCACGGACAACAUCUCCAAGAAGACCCGCAGGGAUCAACUGGAAGUGGCGAUAAAGCAGCUGGAGAACGACAUCAAAAUCUUCGAGAGGUUCAAGACCAUCUACAUACCCAGCAACUAAGACAUCAAAUACUGGAUUUAAUCAGAUGUGCUGUGCUGUGUGUCUUCAGACGCCCACCUCUACUUCAAAUGUCACAUGAGCUUUAGUAAAAUAAAAAUCUGUAUUUGUAUAUUCUCUCUGUCAUAUAAACUAUGAAGCCAAAAUAAAACUGUAAAGCCCAGCUAACCGCAAAUUAAUGAAUCAUUCUGAAUAACCAUGUAAGUUCAUAACAAAUUUAACAUUCUGGCCAGUGGUUGAGAUAUUUCCCAGUGGGCUCUUGCCAUUCUUAGGACUACCACUAG